CCAAAUUAAAUUAAACCAGAGAGAAAUUAAUGUCGGGCGAACCCUGAAAACCGAAGCAAGAAAUCCCUAGAAUUGGAGAGAACGACGGCCGGGGAAGAAAAAUAAUGAACUGGAUACGGAGCAGCGCGUCCCUCGCCGCCACAUCGUUGAACUCGGUGGUGGCUCGGGAGAACCAGCUGUACCGGACUCAGCAAUGGCGGGGGAUCCGGGUUAUGGUCUUUGACGGGAACGUGGAGAGGGCUCUUACCGUGUUGCAGCGGAAGAUGCAAUCGAGCGGGAUGGAACGGCUGAUCAAGCGGGCGCAGACGACUCACCUGAAGAACUCGGAGAAGCGAGUUUUGGCUCACAAGAAUCUGAUGCACCGGGUUAAGUCCGAGGAUCUUGCCCGCAAGCUCCAGGGCAUCCUCCAGAAAAAAAUCAGGGGGACUGUGAGAGCUGGUAUCGGGUGGCGCAAAUCAGACUGUAGCGAGUUGGUGACCUUGCAAAACACUGUUGUUUACAGUAGAAUCGGCUGUUUUGAGCUGCUUAUUCAUGUUAGUUGGCUUUGUUCUGAAAUCAUGUUGAGAUAGCUAGAUCAGCAGAACUCUUGAUGUUAGCUGUCCAUUCCUUACAGAAGACAUUUAUUCACAGAACCAUUGAAGGUUUAACCAUUCUGUUGCAAAAUGGUUCCUCUAGCUCUCUUCUCUGUUUGUGUCACCAUUCCGGACCCUGUUAAUCUUAAAGAGGCAUCAAAUAAGUGUUGCAUUCAAGGCUAAUAAU